UUGCGUACAUUGUAGUUUGUACACACUGCUGUCUGCCGUGGUACUGCGGCGGCGCCUCGCGAACGACCGAAAAUAAUACCAAUACAUAUUAUUAUGUUAAUAUUAUGUAGUUAUAUAUUCUGUCAACUGUCAGGAAUCAAGAUCACUGCGAUUACACCCAAAAAUUCUUGAUUACCCGAGAGGUCCGAACACCGAUUACCCGAUAGUGUUGUUAAGCUCGGUCUCUCAGCUUUGAACAGUCUGAACUUUUUACCGUAUUUUUACUACCCAUACUGUAAUUUGUAGCAGGCAGCCGCUCGCAGUCGGUAAUUCGUUCCGGCGGUAACUUUUUUUUUACCUAUCUCCUCUUUAGAUUAUUGUUGUUGCACCCACCUAUUUGAUCCGACAACGAUGAUAAUACCACAGAAUAUAACAGCAAUUAUUAUAUUUUUUAUUUAUUUAUAAGAUUAUUGCUCUCGGCCGAUGCGCGCGCGCCCGACAUCGUUACGUGUUCUUGCGUUUGAGUGUGCGUACAUUAUACCUGUCUGAUAUUAUAGUGUCAAUGUGCGGUGGGUGGUCAGUGGUCGCCGUCGCGUCGUCGUCGUCGUCUUGAUGCGCUCGUCGUUUUAAUCACUUCCACCAUUGCGUCCGGCGAGUAUAAUAAAUAAUAUUGACUAUUGAGUUACCGCUGCGCAGUUGUCCGUGUGCGGGACAUUAGCGGACAUGUCCUCCUCCGACGGACGACCGGAGUUGGUCUCCGGCCAACGAUGGGAGGCGCGCGCCAGGGUCGAUUUCCCGUUGCACUAUCUGAUAUGGUUGCGUGAACACAAACUGCUGGAGGAGAAGCUGGACGCAACCGGUUCCGGUCAACAGCCUGCCGUCAAGAAUCAACUAGAAAAACUAGAUCCCAGAGGUCGUACUCCUUUGAUGUUAGCUAUUACAUUAGGUGACAUAGAAUCAACCAGAUUAUUAAUAACCAGAGGAGCUAAUGUUAAUGUAAAGAACGACGAAGGAUGGACUGCUUUACAAGAAGCAAUUGCUACAGGCGAUCCAGAUAUGGUCAAGCUUGUUAUGGAACACAGAGAUUAUCAACGUCAUUCAGAUCGGGCCACUGACGUUUCAAAACUGUUAAAGCUACUUGAAGAAUCGCCUGAUUUUUAUGUAGAAAUGAAAUGGGAAUUCAUUAGUUGGGUUCCAUUAGUAUCAAGAAUGUGUCCAAGUGAUACAUACAAAAUAUUUAAACAGGGAUCUAAUGUGCGAAUCGAUACCACAUUAUUGGGUUUUGACCAGGGUAAUUGGGAACGUGGAAAUUUGAGUUACAUAUUUUUGGGUCAAACUGCAACACUUUACAAAUCAGAACGAACGUUCAUAUUUCAACUUAACGAAGGUAAAUCAGCUACAUUUUUAGAAGUAGAUCAUGAAGCACACAGGGUAUAUGUAGAAGAAAUACAAAUGAUACCUUUAGAUCAAGGUAUUGAAGUGAUGCGUCCAUCAGAUGAUACUAUAGCCAGCAGAUUGUCUGCUCCUAUUGUUAGUUUUGAUAUAGAUACUAAAAAAAUUAGUUUUGAAAGGAAUAAAAGUGGUAUUUGGGGUUGGCGGCAAGAUAAAUCAGAAAUAAUUAAUGAUUAUAAUUGUAAAGUAUUUAAUGCAAGUAAUGUGGAAUUUGUUACCAAAUCGAGAACUGAACAUAUGAAUGAAACUGAAAAGGCAAAAUUAAAUAAUACAAAAAAUCCCAUCCAGUCAAUUUUAGGCUCAAGUGAAGAAACAUGUCCAGUUAAAUCAGAACUUGAAGUUACUAUGGCUGAAUAUUUCGACGAAUUGGUUGAUAUCAAAGGUAGAUAUAUACGGAAGCCAAUUGAGCAAACUACAAAAGUCACAAAAAUCAAGGCUAAUUUAUGGCUUAGUGAAGAUUAUCCACUUAGUUUGAAAGAACAGAUUAUGCCAAUUGUUGAUUUAAUGGCAAUUACAAGUUCUCAUUUUGCCAAACUAAAGGAUUUCAUUGAAAUGCAGCUACCUUCAGGAUUUCCAGUUAAAAUUGAAAUACCACUGUACCAUAUUUCUAAUGCCCAAAUCACAUUUGGUAACUUAUUUGGGACAGAUAAAGUUAUAGAAGGUGUUCAAACAUUGGAACACAAUGGAAAAAUAUUCUGUGUAGUUGAAGAUUCUGUAUUUUUCCCUCCCAGAAGUUAUGUAGUCCUUGGUGCUGAACAAAGACGUCAAAUUGGUAUGGACAAUGAUGAAGAACUACUUCAAUUUGCUGUUCGACAGAGUCUUUUAGAAACUGGAGCUGAAGAAGAUCAAGUUGAUAUUUGGGAAGCUUUACAAGUUCAACGACCAAAUACUCCCAAUGACCUCUAUUUUGAUCCAGCUGAUGAAGAAUUACAAAGAGCAAUCCAUGCAAGUUUGACCGAGUGUACAUUUGUGCCUGCGGUUUCACAAUCAGAAGCACCAGAUUUAGUUGAAAAUGCAACGGCUGAUGAUGCAGAUGCUGAUCUUAAAGCAGUUUUGAGGUUGUCUAUUGAAGAAAAAAGGCAGGCUGAACUACAGGCACGUAUGGAAGAAGAAAUGUUAGAAAAAAUAUUACAACUAUCUCUGACCGAAAAAUAAUUUAUUUUUAUUUAUUAUAAUUUGUUUUAUUAUUAUUUUACUUUCUGUGUCCCAUUAAAAAUGUAUGAACUAAUUAAAAUAAAAAAUAAAUGAUAAUUGUAAGAUGGUGAAUUAACAAUGAUAAAGAGUUUAAAUUUAGAUAUAUUUUUAUACUAUGAAAAUAUUUUUGAUUUAAAUAUGUGCAAUAUAUAUUGCCUGUAAUUGUAUGUAUUGCAAAUUCCCUAUGUAUUUCACAUUCACCUCUCCGAUUAUCAGCUAAUUUUAUUUUAUUACAGUUUAUUGGUUAUGUCUUAUUUAUAAGAAAUAUUUCUGUAUCUAGAAUAUAAUUUAUAUCAUAUGACAGUAAUCAUAGGCGAUGACCGAUUAGUGUCUUGUUUGGUCUUACCACACUCUUAGAUUUUAUCAACAUUCAUUGUUAGCUUUUGUUUACGACCAUUGGCCGCUUUAAAAAUUACUUACCGUGUUAAUCUUAGCUAAAUGCAAACCAGGCGGUUGUUGAAAUAAUAGAGUGACGGUCCUUUGAGCAUGUCACUUGGCACAUGUUAGCCACACCUUCAUUAACCCUUUUAUUGCUACGGACGUACUAUUACGUCGCACGCAAACAUACCAUUCCCUGUUACCGACGUACUUUUAUGUUCCU